CCAAAUCCCAAUCUAAUACCCACAGAAAAACUCACGCGCUAAGAACUCAAUUCUCUUUCAUUUUCUUGAGAAACAUGUCUCAACAAGUGAUCUCAAACCACCGUGAAAAUGCCGAAGUAUACACAGAUCCAGUUUUAUGCAAGCAAAAAUCACUAGAAUUAUUGAAAGAAAUCAACAUGCCAAAUGGUCUGCUCCCAUUAGAAGACAUAGUAGAAGUGGGCCGUAACCGGGAAACAGGGUUUGUUUGGCUGAAACAGAAGCAGGCAAAAGAGCACAAGUUUAAGAAGAUUGGAAAACUUGUUUGGUACGAUACUGAAGUUACGGCUUUUGUGGAGGAUCGGAAGAUGAAAAAGCUUACAGGUGUCAAGAGUAAGGAGAUUCUUAUUUGGAUUACACUUUCUGAUAUUACAAUUUCCGACCCGGAGUCUAAGAAGAUUAGUUUUGGUACACUUGCUGGACUUUCUAGAUCUUUUCCUGUGUCUGCUUUUGAGGAGGAAGAAGAAGAAGAAGAGGACAAGAAUUGAAUUGGUGGAGGUCUUGAGGGGGUAUUUGUGGAAUAAGAUGUGUUUUUCAUUUUACUAUUUUAAAUCACUGUCUUUUGUCUAUUUUAUAAUCCUAUCCUAUGUAACCGUAAGUUAAAGGGAAAUUAUAGUUUAUAAUGGAUAUACUUUUCCUAUUCUUUA